AUGUAUAUGUCAUCUGAUGCAAUUGAUGCAUAUAGUAUUGCGACAUUAGCCGGUGCACCAUAUGCGCAACUAUUAUCACAAUCAUUAUUUACAUGGCCAUUAAUAUUUGUCCUAUUUACUUUACCAGCAGCAAAUUUACUUAUCAAUUUAGGCUAUGUUUCGGGUGCUGGACCUGUACUAACAUUUGCUCGUAUUGCACCAAUUGCUUCCGGUAUCGGUUGGGCAUUAACAUGGUUAGCCGGUGAACGAUUAUUUAUACGAUCAUUAACAGCUGCUCAAAAUUUGAUUUAUUUAUUUGCAUCAAUACGAAAACGUUUGGAUUGGGCAAUUGAUUGUGAUCAUAGUUAUAAUGAUCAAUUCUGCAUUGAAUUAUUACGGAUGAAUGUUUCACAUGGAAAAAAUGCAACAUCAACCGGAUAAUAAUUGGCCAGCACAACAAUUUAACAAAUAUGGAAUUCGACAAUUAUCGC